AUGACGAGCAUCCACUCUGUCCUGACUUUUCGCGAGAGCUGGCCUCUAUCGAGAGACCUUGACUUGACGGGUGUCUAUGACGAGCUGCGCCGCCUUCGGCUCUUCGUGGCUGUCAUUCGCGCCUGUAGCUCACGGAGAGCCGAGCAACAGCGGAUGGGCCCGGGCUUGAGUGCCAACGAAUCCGAGCAUCCGCCAGUAUUUCUCAGCGUUGAGGCCGAGGAUGCGCUCGUGCUUAACUACCUUGACCAGGCUCUCCUAAAGUACACGCGCAGCCCGGAGGAGGAUCCGGAUGCCGACUGGAAGAAAUGGCUCCUGUCUUUUGGCACGAUGGGAGGAGGAAUCAUGCCACUGGCAGAGCAUGGUGCUACGGGUGCAGGCUUCACCCGUCGAUAUUUGGCUGUUCGACGAUGGGCUGAGAAUCAUGAAAAGUUUCUUCGAAACAGAGCAAACGAACUAUCACGCCAAGAUGUCAGGGCACUAAACCUACUUGAUCUCCCCAUGGAACUUCUAGCGAACGUCUUUGAUUUUUUCAAACACCCUGCACUGUCAAUUCAGGGAGGCGUGGAUUGGAAGAUGGAGGAGAUUGGCGCAUCAAAUGCGAGGUCGAAGCGUUUUAGAACCCUCAAAAAUGCGCGACUUGUCUGUCGUCUCUUCAAUGACCUAGCGUCACCGCUCCUAUGUCCAAUUUUGCGUUUAAACGUGGAAAGUGCCUCUCUUGAUCGAUUGCGAGCGAUCUCUGCAUCACCGUCGCUAAGGAGUGGGAUUCGAGGCAUUAAGUUGAAUCUCAACUAUUGCUUUGAGAAUAUCGCCAUGGAUGAAAUUAUAUUCCUCAAGGUCAUUAGACAUGAGGUCAACGAUUUCUUUUCCUAUUGUGAAAAUGAAUAUGAGGAUGUCGACGACCGAGCCGAGCCCACUCGAAGGGGCAAUAGGCUCAUAUCAAGUGCUAUCUCCUUUAGCCAAAACGAAGGCCUGACGGAGGUAAAUACAGGGCUUGAGAGGAAGGAUUAUCAAUACGUCGACGCUCUCCGCCGCGGCUACCUGAACUAUAGAGAUCUACACCUAGAGCAGAAUCGUCUCCUCCAGCACGGAGAUUUUGCACGCACUCUGGCAACGAGCCUUUCUCAUUUAAAAUCAUCUAUAGACUUGAAACUAUGCGGUAAUCACUUGAGGUACGCAUAUGAGGAUGUGCAUGGCAUACCACCUACAGCGGGAACCAGACGAACCCCCCAAAUCUUCACUUCUGCGGAGGCGCUGGCAAAAUCUAUCUCCAGGCCGCACCAGUGGGUUGGCUUCAGAGGAGUGCAUUCACCAGCUCGUAUGGAGACGGCACGCCUUCUCUGCGAGCUGCCGCUGGCCCUACAAAGAGAAGGCGUGUCAGUCGACAGUUUCAUGCCGUCUAUCCUGAAGAGACUGCGAUCGUUUGAACAACUAUGCCCAGGAAGAUAUACUCCCAAUGAGGGACUAGAAGAAGCCCAGGAACAGCUUCUUGCUUUCUCUAAGCAUCUACGCUCCUUCGAUAUCUCAGCGGGUGAAGAAUACACCGAAUUGUCUCGACGUGUACAAGAACCGGAAAUGCUUAUACUCGAAAGUUAUCUCAGGGCGAUGCUUGCUAGUCCUCGCCUUGUAAAUUUGAAGCUUUCUCUAGGAUUUCUUAUGCGAUAUAUUCCUCCAAACCCCCAAAGCAACGGGAGGCGUGGUAGAAAGUAUUAUGCAUUAAAGUCCAAUAUCUUUACUUCCCCUUGGCCAAAUUUACAACGAGUGUUUCUUCGUUUUCUAUCUCUUCCACAAACGGAACUCGAGCUUUUUUGCCAGAAUCUAAGCUAUGAACUAGUUGAAUUUUACAUGAGCGACGUGAAGUUGUCAAGUGGGAAAUGGAAGGCCAUUGCCGACUUGUUGCAUGGAAGGCUGUCACAAAGGGCAAGGUUGAGGAAAUGCAAAGUCAAGGUAUUAGGACUUCACGGAGGGGAGGCUGCCAAGAUUGCACAGAGUCAAAAUGCAAACCAGAAUACGGGAACUCUCUUUCAACAGUCGGUACAGGUCGGCUCAUCGGAGUUGAGCCGUAUGGUUGAACGAUUUAUAACUGGAAAGUGCGACAUCAACCCAUUGUCAUUUAGUUAG